CCCGCCGCCGGGCCCUGGGGCAGCUACCUCUGCGACGCGCCCUGGCGCCUGCUCGCCUCCGCAGUCCGCGCCAUGAGGAACCGCCUGCGGCGGCCGGACUUCAUCCUCUGGACCGGGUGAGGAUGGGCCGGCGUCCCGCCGGGAGGGGGGGAUCCGCUGCCCGGCCGCCCCCCCAGCAGCGGCGGUCGGAGGGGCUCUGAACCCGCCACUGGUGGGGCUCUCCUCAGCUCGCCUUCUCCGUCCUCCCGCUGCAGUCCUGGGGGCUGAGGGACGGUGUCUGCCUCGUUAGAGAGAUGCUUCUCCGAGAGGAGAAACACCAAAUAUUCCAGGCAUUGAUAGUGGGGGUUCUGGGGUCACGCCUUGCCCUCAGGCUGUGGCACGGUCCUGCCUGCUCAGAGGGUUGCCAGGCUUUGGAUGGGAGAACGGGCAGCCGGAGGGCUGGGGCAUAAGGAGCUUGUGAGGGAUCCAGGUCUCUACGUGGCAACUGUUUUGAAGAGCUAAGGUAAGGAUGUGCCUUAUGAUGCAAAGUGGAGGCUUGGAGGAGAGCAUAACCACAACAAGGCCUCUCGACGCCAGCAAGAGGCUCCCAACAAGCCCCAGCAGUGAGAAACAGUAAGUUCUUUGACAUCAUGUUGAAUUUUGAUCUUCCUCUUUGAUGGGCUUGCUGACAGCCCAGCAUCAUCUACAAAUGCCAUAAGCAUAUUACUGAAAACAUAGAAGUGUGUAUCUGCUGCACUUUUGGAGGCAUUCCUUUGUUUCAUUUUAAUGAGAGUUGUUAUCCUGCUGUUAAAACAGCUGUGCAAACAGCUUUGCUUCACUAUUGCUGAUCAGAUGUUGACCUGAGAUUGCAAAAUGCUGUUCCUUGCAAUAUUUCCAGUCAGCUUUAGUGCCUAUUAAAUGCACUGAGGCAGAGUGAGCCUCCAUUUCCUAUGCUUGUGUACAGAUUUUUCAAGGUAGAAUAAAGCGGAGCCUGUUUUCACUUUGAGCAAUUCCUUGAAACUCCUUCAGUGCCUUGGCCAGUUAACAUAGCACUGGUUCCUCCCCCCAAAAGCUUUAACUUUAUUUUCUAGAAGGCUCAAAGAGCAGUAAGCAAGUUUCUCUGCCUUGCUUAUGUGGUAGGUUGACCCUGGCUGGAGGCUAGGUGCCCACCAAAGCUGCUCUAUCACUCCCACCCCCUCAGCUGAACAAGGCAGAGAAAAUAUAACAAAGGGCUCGUGUAUCGAGAUAAGGACAGAGAGAGAUCACUCAACCAAUUAGUCACAGGCAAAACAGACUCGACUUUGGGAAAAUAAACUUAAUUUAUUGCCAAUCAACCAGAGUUGGGUAAUGAGAAAUAAAACCAAAUCUUAAAACACCUUCCCCCACCCCUCCCUUCUUCCAGGGCACAGCUUCACUCCCGGAUUCUCCACCUACUCUGCCCCCCCCCCCCAGCGGUGCAGGGGGACAGGGAGUGGGCGUUACCAUCAGUUCAUCACUUCUUGUCUCUGCCGCUCCUUCCUCUUCAGGGGCAGGACUCCUCACACUCUUCCCCUGCUCCACUAUGGGGUCCCUCCCAUGGGAGACAGUCCUUCAUGAACUUCUCCAACAUGAGUCCCUCCCACAGGCUGUAGUUCUUCAUGAACUGCUCCAGCGUGGGUCCCUCCCAUGGGCUGCAGUCCUUCAGGAGCACACUGCUCCAGCGUGGGUCCCCUGCAGGGUCACAAGUCCUGCCAGAAAACCUGCUUCAUGGACUCCUCUAUCCACGGAUCCGGAGGUCCUGCCAGGAGCCUGCUCCAGCGCAGGCUUCCCACAGGGUCACAGCCUCCUUCGAGCAUCCCCCUGCUCUGGCGUGGGGUCUUCCAUGGGCUGCAGGUGGAUAUCUGCUCCACCGUGGACCUCCAUGGGCUGCAGGGGGACAGCCUGCCUCACCACUGUCUUCACCAGGGGCUGCAGGGGAAUCUCUGCUCCGGUGCCUGGAGCAUCUCCUCCCCCUCCUUCUUCACUAACCUGGGGGUCUGCAGAGUUGUUUCUCUCACAUGUUCUCACUCCUCUCUCUGGCCGCAGUUGCUGUGCCCCCUGCUAUUUUUUUUCCCUUCUUAAAUAUGUUAUCACACAGGUGCUACCACUGUCGCUGAUGGGCUUGGCCUUGGCCGGCAGUGGGUAUGUCUUGGAGCCGGCUGGCAUUGGCUGUAUCGGACAUAGGGGAAGCUUCUAGCAGCUUCUCACAGAAGCCACCCCUGUAACCCCCCUGCUACCAAAACCUUGCCACACAAACCCAAUACAGCUUAUCACUUCAAGCAUUUGACCUGUUAGUCACAGACAGUGACUGUGCUGCUUUUAUUUUUCUAGAGACGAUACUCCUCACGUCCCCAAUGAGAAGCUUGGAGAAGAAAAGGUUCUGCACAUAAUAGAAAAUCUGACUUCUCUGAUAAGAGAGACAUUUCCAGAUACUAAAGUCUAUGCGGCGAUGGGCAAUCAUGACUUCUACCCCAAGAAUCAGUUUCCAGGGAAGGAGCACAGGAUCUACAACCGAACAGCUGAACUGUGGCGUUCCUGGCUGAAUGAUGCUUCCACUCCUCUUUUCAGAGCAGGAGCUUUCUACAGUGAGAAGCUGCCCAGCCCAAGGACAAGGGGGCGAAUGGUUGUGCUCAAUACCAAUCUGUACUAUGACAAGAAUAAUGAGACAGCUGGUGAGGAAGAUCCUGGAGGGCAGUUCCAGUGGCUGGAAGAAACACUGACCAAUGCCUCUAGAGCAGAUGAAAUGGUCUACAUUGUGGGGCACGUCCCUCCUGGCUUCUUCGAGAAGAAACGAGGCAUGCCCUGGUUCCGGAGUGGCUUUAAUGAACGAUACUUGAAAAUCGUGCAGAAGCACCACAGGGUGAUUGCUGCCCAGUUUUUUGGGCACCAUCACACAGACAGCUUUCGGAUGUUUUACAGUGAUACAGGUUCUCCAAUCAAUGUCAUGUUCCUGGCCCCUGGAGUGACUCCCUGGAAAACAACAUUACCUGGAGUGAACAAUGGAGCCAACAACCCUGGGAUUCGGGUGAUUGACUAUGAUCCAGACACCCUUCAAGUGUUGGAUAUGGUGACUUACUACUUGAACCUAACUCGUGCCAACAUGAUGGCCUCAACGUGGGAGGAAGAGUUCCCAACAUGGGAGGAAGAGUAUAGGCUGACAGAAGCCUUCCAAGUCCCUGAUGGCUCUCUGCGCUCCAUGCAAACAGUGCUGGAGAGGAUAUCAAAGGAUCCACACUAUCUGCAGCAGUACUAUGAGUUUAACUCUGUCAGAUAUGACCUCACCCCGUGCGAGGAGGCCUGCCGCGUUGAUCAUGUUUGUGCCAUCAGGGAAGUUGAUUUUACAAAAUACAAGGAGUGUGUUAAAACCAGCAGCUCUGCCUCUGCCAUCAUCAGUGUUCGGCUUUUAUUUUUCUGCUUGCUCUUAGGACUUCUUAGUCCCCGGCAAGCACUGUAAUGACUGAGAGCAAGAGAAAACGAAGAGAGCACGAGUUCACGAUGCACACGAAUCGGCAAUUGUGAAUGCUUUUGGCAUUGAGAACUCACUCUGAAACCAAGACAAAAUCAGUGGUUUUACUAAAAGCUCUGUGAUGUUGAUGUGAAAUCUAGAAAAGCUUGAUGUAUCAGGAAAGGGCAGUGAUUGCUACAAAGUCUUUUUGUGCCAGACUGACUUGCAUCAGGGAGUCCGUCCCCCUUACGCUGUGACUUCCGAGGUAUUCUCGCAAAUCAAGUGAAGACCAGGCUUCCCGGUGACUUUAACUUACUGUGCAUGAGAGCUGUGAGCUGCCACUUGUUCCCGAGGAGUCUGCUGCCAGGUGGGUUCCUCAUGUUGGCACACGCUUCGCUUCUGGAAAGACCACACAACUGGUGACCUGGAAGGUCUUGUUUUGGUGGCCUUGUACAGCAGCAGCCCUGCCUUUGGCUUAUGAGCAGAGCCAGGUGGGAUUAGUUCUUCCUUUGAUGGUGUAUGAACUUCAGCAAGUUUGGGCCAUGACUUUCAUGUGUCAGUGCCCAAGACAAGGCUCCAGGGUAAGAAGCUUGAUUAUUAUUAUUUUUUAAAUUUUUUAUUUAUUUUUUCCCCCAAUUGCUGAACAUAAACAGCUCUUCCCUUUGUGCUCUCUUAA